AUGUUCUCAAUUAUUUUUUCAGUUGGUGUUUUUGUAAACUUGGUUUCAGCGGUGGGUUUUUCGAUAUUUAUAGAUUUUUUAAUCAGAGAAAAUAAAAACAGUUUGUUUCCAGCAAGCUCCAAUGUAUCUCCAAGCAACUGCUCCAGCCUAUCAGCAACUACCGUACUACUAUCCCCAGCAGUUACAGCAAGUUCAACAACAACAACUUCAGUACUAUCAACCAGCUACCGUAACCUGUAUCCCACAAUGUAUGCCAAGUUGCCAACAACAAUGUCUAACACCCACAGUUUAACGAGAUGAAGAGCUUCCAACUCCACCACCAGAAGUUAUCACAACUCCACCAGCUCCACAGACUACUGUAGUUCCAGAUACGAUUCCGUGCAAAUGUUUGAUCAAAAUUACAGUAACCCAAGGCAGCAGCACUUAUACAAGAUGCAGUGCUGAUUCUUGCACUUGUCCUUCUGGAUAUAGCAAAUGUGAUAAAAAUUGUUGCCGAGUUUGA